AUGUGGCGGCGGGCGGCGGCGGCGGCGGGACGGGGACUGCGGGGGCCGCCGGCGAUGGUGGGGCGGCGGUGGCGGAGCGGGGCGGGCAGCCCCGACCGCGCCGCUGCCGAGCGGGCCCCGAGGAUCUACACGAGGACGGGAGACUCAGGAUUCUCCAGCACCUUCACCGGGGAGCGGCGGCCCAAGGGCGACCGCAUCUUCGAGGCCCUCGGAGCCACGGACGAGCUGAGCUCGGCCAUCGGGCUGGCUGGUGAGUUUAGCAGUGAAAAGGGUCACACGUUUGUUGAUCAGCUUCAUAAAGUCCAGUGCAUGCUGCAGGAUGUGGGCUCCAACAUUGCCACACCACUCUCCUCAGCCAGGGAGGCUCACCGGAAACGAACGUCGUUCAGCGAGAAGCCCGUGCUGGAGCUGGAGCAGUGGAUUGACAGCUACUCAGAGCAGCUGCCUCCCCUCAGAGCCUUCAUCCUGCCCUCGGGGGGCAGGAGCAGUGCUGCUCUCCACUUCUCCCGAGCCGUGUGCCGCAGGGCUGAGCGGUGUCCAAUUCCAGGAGUGCAGGAGGUACAAAGCCAGGCUCUGUUCUUCCUUCCCCAGCCUAAACCUUUUGGAAUUCUGCAGCCCCAUCCAACCUGGCCUUGGAUGCUUCCAGGGAUGGAGCAGCCAGAGCUUCUCUGGCCAGGGCCUCACCACCCUCACAGCGUGGUCCCUUUAGUCCAAGCAGGAGAAGCAGAUCCAAACGUGGCCAAGUAUUUAAACAGGCUCAGUGAUUAUCUCUUUGUCCUGGCACGUUAUGCUGCAAUGAAGGAAGGGAAGGAAGAGAAAAUCUACAUAAAGCCUGAGCCCUAGCUGGGAGCUGGAAUGUUUUGUCCUUGAUUAUGGAAAACUAAAUCCAGUUGACUGCUUUUGUCCAUCAAGGAAGGGAGAGAGAACAAGCCUGGACUGGAAAUUGGAGCUGCCAAGGAUUUCCAUGUGAAAUAACCAGGACCUUGUUGAUAAAUCCUGAGAGGAACAGAAUCACAGAAUAUCCUGAGUUGGAAGGGACCCAAACACACCUGUUCUAUUCCCUGGGCCUGGCCCACACAUCCCAUGUGGGGAUGGCUCUGGAGUCACUGCUUCUCCCAGGUGGGAGUUGAAGCAGGAGAAUUCCAUAACGUUUUGGAGAUGCCUUCAUUUCCCUGGGCAGCAGCAGGUGCUGUGGGAAGGCUCUGACAGGACUCUGAGGGAUGAUGAAGGGAAAACAAUCAGCUCCUCCUCUGAAGUCUCAGUGCUCGUAUGGAGCAGCAGCUGGAGGCGUUUGGGAAUUGUGUCUGCAGCUCUGAAAUAAUAAAUGUGAAUUUCCUGGUACCAAA